UAAAGUUCUAAAGUAGGUCAUCAAAGACAAGACCAGCAUCACAGACAAAUUCGGAGUUUUGAGCCAAUUUAAUCUAAAUGACCUCGAUACUAGAUCCCUCCUCUCCCAGUCAGUCAGCUGAAGUCAUCCUGAGAGCAUCAGGAGCCUGAGCUCUACCCGUCCGUCCCACUGAGCUGUGUUGCUGUCGGUGGUCCCUGGUGGAGCUGUUGCUGCUGCUGCUGCUGCUGCUGAGCAUGUGCUCGGUUGCUCCACCGGGCAGAAGGAACGCUUCCCAUCGACGCUCAGGUUGCAGGCAUGAUGGGUCGCUGAGCGCACGACUCCGACUCAAGAGCACUGUCACCAAGCUGUUAUUCAUCCCUGCAUCAUGGAAGCUCAGCCUGGUGCAUCAUGGGAGCUCAUCAACAGUGUGACAGAUACAAUAUAUGAGGGCUGAGAGGUCGUCAUGGAGACUGACAGCUACACAGCAGGCCCAGCCUCCAGUGACUGGCUCGGGACGGUGGCCGGCCUGGAGGGAAUGGGAGUCCCUCAGGAGCAUGGAGGAGGGGACUUGCCAAGCAGCCCGGCGUCCUGGUACACGCCAUACUCACUGGGCUUCCAGGUGUCGCUCACAUCCUUUCUCAUGCUUGAGCUAGUGUUGGGUUUCAGCAGCAACCUGACGGUGCUGGUGCUCUACUUCUCUCAAUCCAAUUUAGUGGACUCUGUGAGCAAUAUGGUGACUGUCAAUCUGCAUGUGUUGGAUGUGGCGGUGUGUGUGCUGUGUCUGCCCCUCACUCUGGUGAUUGUGCUGUUGCCUCCAGGACCAAACCUGGCCCUGCUCUGCUGCUUCCACGAGGCAUGUGUCACUUUUGCCAGCAUAUCCACAGCCAUCAACAUCCUGGUCAUCAGCUUGGACCGAUAUGACAUCUCAGUGCGGCCUGCCAACAGGCUGCUGACAACACGUAGAGCAACGCUGCUCCUGGCUGCUGUUUGGGUCACCUCGAUAGCUGUGUUUUUUAUCCCAUUCUUAGAAGUGCAGUGGUCCAGUGGAGAAGGAGCAGAGGAGAGAGGGAAGGUGACACGCUUGUCGUUGUCCUCACAUGGUAUCAGUUCCACGCUGCUGUGUGUUGGCGGGCAGGACUACCACACAGGCCUGGGUAUGCAUAUCCAUCUUAUCCUGCAGGUACCCAUCUUCUUUACCACAGUGGCAGUCAUGCUGUUUACCUACUCCAGAAUAUUGAGGGCUUUAAACAUCCGCAUUGGCUCCCACAUGAAGAAGGGCCAGCAGUUUAGGGGGCCACACAAGAGACAAAAAAAGGUUGGGCUCAGAAUGAAUAAUAGUGGUGGGGAGGUAGGAGGGGAGCAGUGCACCACAGAUGGUACUAAACAGCUUAGCCACCCUCCUCUCAUCCCUUCCUCCUCCCCUACCCCCACAGCUACCUCCCCACCUGCGCUGUCUUCUUCUGCUCCACUAGUCACCUCUGACACAAACGCUGCAACCGCCAUGCCUACCACAAGCGUCCAGGCCUCUGUGUCGGCCAUCAUUGCCCUGAGGCGGGCAGUGCGGCGACACAGGGAUCGACGUGAGCGGCAGAGGCGGGUGUUUAAGAUGUCCCUCAUCAUUAUCACCACCUUUCUGGGCUGUUGGGCUCCCCUGUCUGUGACCAACAUGCUUAUCCUGGGCAUAGGCCCCAGUGAAGCCCUGGUCAGCCUACGCCUCUGGUUCUUAGCCCUGGCCUACGGCACAACUGUCUCCCACCCUCUGCUCUACGCUUUCACCCGACAGAAGCUACGCCGUGCCCUCCGUGCUAAGGUUAAGAAAAGGGUGGUGUCCCUGCUCCAGGUAGACCCUUCACCAGGGGGCACUAUCAUACACAACUCCUGGGUGGAGAACAGAAAAACCAGCCGGCAGGUGCGGCUGGAAGCAAGUAAAGGUACAGACCACUGCUUGGCAGAGGUCCUCUGAGACUGACACACAUGGGCCGGGUUAGUACAAUUAAAAAGCAGGAUAGAGUCACAGGUGUGUUCUAUUAUGAAACUCACUGGUGCAUGAAGCCAGUAUGUGAAAAACACAAUUCCACCUCUGGGAGAUGUUUCAAUGUAACCACCAGCAGCAAGCCCAUGCUAAACACAGCUAAUGUUCACCUCAGGCAUCAGUUAGAGCAGGAUGUUGUCGUCACUGUGGUACACACAGCCUCUGCUGCUGAAGAAAAUCAUACAACAGCAAACACAAAAGUGCAUAUAAUUUGCACUGUUUCAAGUUGUGAGGUCUGUUUCCAAAUGGACUUGUAUGAUAGAGCGUUCUCAUAGUGGUGCUUACCUAACAGCUCCAAAGAAUGUGUUUAGCAGAAGAUAAACUGGUCUGCCACCCACUUAAAUGCCCCAAGGCAGCUUUAAAAUAAACAUUGACACUUUGAACAAAUAAAUGCUUAUCAAACUCUUUGAAUGUAUUUAAUAUUGUCUCUGUCUUAGUUCUGCUCAGAUGGUAUAUGUGUAUUCUGAACUUAAAAGGGAUCAUGCUGGAUAUUUACACAGCGAUGAUAGAAUGAUGAGAUGUAAAUGUUUCCGGGUGUAGGAGGGGAACAAGUCAGAGAACAAUUAAAGGCUAGUGUGAAUUAUUAAAUGCAGUUUUGCUUUAGCAUAAGUAGUUACUAAACUCUCAAUGUUACAGUGUUUACAAAAAAUCUUGCAAUGCUCUUUCAUGUAAAUGCAAUUCUUUUGCUCUUAAAUUUAUGUCAAAUUAAAAAUGUAAUAUUGAUGUUUUGCAUACUGCUUGGAGAAGGUAAGCACAUUGAUUAAGCUAACUAGUUAGCAUAGAUCUGUUCUACAACACAUGUAACAUUAUCUUAGCUGAUGCGUUUUAUCCAGUGUCUUUUUAUCAGCUGGGAAGCAAAAUAACAAGCAAGACCUGUUGCUUGUGUGAGUAACGUUACACUCUGGUACAAAACACACUGGUAUCAUAGCUUUAGCAAGACGUCGUUCAUGCGACUUUGGGGUGAGCAGUCUUUCUAAUCAGGCUACAUAUUUCCAUUCCUAUACUGUACAUCAACAGUUUUACAAGAAACUGAGACUGCUAAGUUAUUUUUUUUUUAAAUUUGCAAACAUCAUAUAUAUAGCUAUAUCAUGGUCUAAAUCAAACAAGAUUAAAACAUUAUUUGUCACUCUUCAUUCACUUCAGUAUUUUUUUUCCAAAAUAAGGUUGAAUGGUGGUUUACCAGAAGGGGAGGGACCUCACCUAUCUAUGUCAAUCAUGCUUCAAUUUACAUUACUAAUAGAAAUCUGCGACCGUUGGACUAGUUGCUUGCCUUUUUCAGUAAUUUAAGCAUUAUCUGAUGAUGCAGGUAGAGCUGAGGGUGGCACGGGUUACCAUGGUUACAUGUCUCCAACCGGAAAGAACUCUCAGAAAGUGACGUGGUAAUUACAGCUCAGUGCAUCCUAAAAGAUAUACGGGUUACUGUUAAUUCACACAAAAGUAUGAUGAACGAGUAGUAGGUAGUAGUAGUAGUAGUAGUAGUAGUAGUAGUAGUAGUAGGCCUAUACAUAUUAAGUACAUACUGAUACUUUGCGAUUUCAGACACCGUCGUUUAUGCACACGUGGGAGUGCUAUCAAGCAUCUCAUCUUACUCCUUUAGCAAUGACUCUUUACCAAAACUGCUAACUACUGCUAAUAGUAAAAAAAGAAAAUAGGAGGAGAAAAUAAUAGGAACACCUUUUAAUAUAAUGCAGUCCAGUGCAUCACCAAAAAUGACAAUCUUAAAAUAACCGUUCUGACACAUUCUCAAAACAAAAAGGAUACUUACAACCUUAAAAAAAACUAGUAUUCAUUCCAGGUCAAUUGUUUUUGUUUGCAUUAUAUCUAAUUUUCCACUGUGGUUUAGUUUGGGGUUAUGGCAUGCUGUAAAGCAUGCAUUUCUCCUUUAAAAUAACAAUAAUGUACAUUUUGUAAAUACUGACUAAUUCAAUUUUUUUCUUAAAUCAGCAGUAAAAAUCACUUGGUCUGUAUGUGAUCAUAGACCGACUUUUCUAGAUUUAGAGUGUUUCAGUUGCAGCUGGCUCAUCCAAACAUGUGGUCCCCCCCAUGGUCAUCUCAACCUGUUACUACAGCUGAGCACAGAUUGAAGGAUUUUUGAUAGGACUUCCACCUUCUACCUGCUUGUGUGUUCACUUUUCUGAUGAUGUACACACACUGGGGCUCAUUUCAGAGAUUGUGUAAUAUACACACAAUUGAUGUAUUCUUGAAUGUAAACACAUGACAAAAAUAUAUAUUAUACUGCAUUUACACCAAGAAUAUGCUAUCUUUAUAAGUUUGCUUUAUGGUGUUGUUUUUACGUGAAUGUAUCACCAUGCAAUGUUGAAUUACCGUAUAUGAAUAAAAAUUGAAAUACUAAGGUCUGUA